AUUAACAUCAACACACCAACAAACCGGGUCCGAACCGGAGCAUCAGGGGCACCGAGACAUGACCACCACGCGUUCACCCAGCUAGCGUUCGGAGAUAAGGUUGUACUGGAUUUGACUGGAUGCUGCGGGACGUGGGGCGUCCUACUGCACUGGUUCAGGUCCUGACAUAAAGAAAAACGUGCAAACCCAAGGAACCGACCGCUUACAGAGGAGGAUUAUGGACUACGAACGACCCAACGUUGAAACGAUCAAGUGUGUCGUGGUUGGAGACAAUGCUGUGGGAAAAACACGGCUUAUCUGCGCCCGGGCCUGUAACACCACCCUGACCCAGUACCAACUACUGGCCACUCACGUCCCCACGGUCUGGGCUAUCGAUCAGUACAGGGUCUGUCAGGAGGUGUUGGAGCGCUCCAGAGAUGUGGUGGACGAUGUCAGCGUGUCCCUCAGGCUGUGGGACACCUUCGGAGACCAUCACAAGGACAGACGCUUCGCCUACGGCAGGUCUGAUGUGGUGGUUCUCUGCUUUUCCAUCGCCAAUCCCAACUCCCUUCAUCAUGUGAAGACCAUGUGGUACCUAGAGAUCAAACAUUUCUGCCCACGUACCCCUGUCAUUCUUGUAGGGUGUCAGCUCGAUCUACGCUACGCGGACUUGGAGGCCGUCAAUCGGGCCCGACGACCCUUAGCCAGGCCUAUAAAACCAGGAGAUAUUUUACCCCCGGAUCGAGGCCGGGAGGUAGCCAAAGAGCUGGGCAUACCCUAUUACGAGACGAGCGUCUUUGAUCAGUUUGGAAUUAAAGACAUCUUCGACAAUGCCAUCCGAGCCGCCCUUAUCUCCAGACGUCACCUCCAGUUCUGGAAGUCCCACCUGCGGAGGGUCCAGAAGCCUCUUCUGCAGGCGCCGUUCCUUCCCCCGAAAGCUCCUCCGCCGUUGAUCAAAAUCCUGGAGUGUCCGCCCAACAACAGGGACGGUCCCAGGCAGCUGCUGGAGACCCCGCUCUGCGCUGAUGUCAUGUUCGUUAUUCAGGAACAAUUAAACGUGUUCGCCCACAAGAUCUACCUGUCUACCUCGUCCUCCAAGUUCUACGACCUCUUCCAGCUGGACCUCUCCGAUUCCCGACGCGCAGAAGCGACGGAGCGUCACGGGCGAGACCACCUGAUGCGGACCCUCAGCCUGGACACGGACGAAGACGUGGUCGUGCUGCCCAACCUCUCGCCUUGCUCCUUACGUUCUUCCAAGAGCGACGGGACUCUGAAGACAAUGCGACGCAGUGGAAAGUACCACCACAGCAAGCUGUCCUUAACCUUUUGGAGCAAGGCCUUUCACAGCAUCCACAAAGAAACUGUGGUCAACCCAGUGACAGGGGCGCCGGCUCUCAUGACGGUGGUCAAGAUGGACCAGUCCAUCCACCUGGGAGCGUUCAGCGCAGUCCUGCGCUUCCUGUACACCGGGGAGCUGGACGAGAGGGAGAUGGACCUGAUGAAGAUUGCUCAGAUUGCUGAGAUCCUGGAGGUUUUCGACCUGCGAAUGAUGGUGGAAAACAUCACGAAUAAGGAAGCAUUCAUGAAUCAGGAGAUCACGAAAGCAUUCCACGUUAGAAAAGCAAACCGGAUUAAGGAGUGUCUGGCCAAGGACACUUUCACAGACGUGGUGUUCCGGUUGGAUGACGGCACCAUCAAUGCCCACAAACCUUUGCUGAUCUCUAGCUGCGACUGGAUGGCCGCCCUGUUUGGAGGCUCAUUCAUCGAGAGUGCAAACAGUGAGGUCUAUUUCCCCAACACCAGCAGGUCGUGUAUGCAGGCAGUGCUGGAGUAUCUGUACACCAAUCAGAUUUCACCCAUGGCCGAUCUGGACCCAAUGGAGUUAAUCGCUCUGGCGAACAGACUGUGCCUUCCCCGCCUCAUCGCCCUGACAGAGCAGUAUGCAGUGAGCGAGCUGGUGAAAGCCUAUCGCGACGGCCUCGACAUAGACGGCGAGGUCCUCAACUACCUGGAGCUCGCUCAGUUCCAUAAUGCUCACCAGCUCGCUGCUUGGUGCUUGCAUCACAUCUGCACUCAUUACAACAGCAUCUGUGCCAACUAUCGCAAAGAGAUCAAGUCCAAAUCGAUAGAGAACCAAAAGUACUUCGAGAAGUACCGCUGGCCUCCGGUCUGGUACCUGAAGGAGGAGGACCACUAUCAGCGGGUCAGAAAAGAGAGAGAGAAGGAGGACCUGAUCCUGAACAAGCACCACUCACGGCAUCACUGGUGCUUCUGGAGCAACUCCCCUGCAGUGGCCUGAGAGGGGCCGUAUCCGACAUGCUGACUGCUAGCGCAAUCUGUCUUAAUUUAAUCUGGAA